AUGGCCGGCGAAAGUCCACCCCGGCUGCGAGCCGCUUCAGCCUGCGUUGCCUGCAACAAGAAGAAGAUUCGCUGUAUAUAUCCGGACGGCGGCCAGCAGUGCUCGAACUGUGCUCGGAACCACUGGACUUGCUCACCCCGCGAGCGCAAACGAAAACGCCGGAAGGUCGCUUCAGACACAAAAGAAGAACCAGAUACGACGCCUACAGGUGUAGACCAACUCACUGCUGCCUCUCUACUGCAUCCGUCACGGUCGCAGCAGUGGGAGGCCGGGUAUCCGGGAUGGGAGCCUCGUCGCGCUAUCCUUGCCGAUGGGCAGCAGCAGCCUUCCGGCACAUCGGAGUCCUCAGGGGGUCCCGGCUCCACGGCGCCAAACACUACUACUACGACGACUACGACUACGACCACGACUACGACUGCUCAGGAUGCGGAUGGAAACCCCGUGUACUCGCAAAGCGCCUCGGCUUCGGUGGCUCUGCGCUCCCAGCAGCAGCACCAGCAGGCGGAGCCUGGCCUGCAUGAGCCGGCGUCAGGGGGCAGCGCAACCUUCCUCGGCCGGUCAGAGUACAUACGAGGAGAAGUGCCUAUCAACGAAGACCGCGCAAAGGCCUACCCAGCCGUUGCUACAGAGAGUCUGACGGACGAGGACAUCCAGAUACUACAGCUGCAGCAUGCAUUCGACCUCCCUCCUCGUGCCGUCAGGGAUGGCCUGAUAGAUACGUUUAUGAAGAGAUGUGCGCCCUGGAUGCCCAUAGUCGAGAGAAGCUGGCUCAUGGAGCGUCGGGACAGCCAGCCAUCGAUUCUACUUCUCCAAGCAGUCUUCCUCGCAGCCAGUCGGGUGUCUUCUGCCCCUGCCGUCACGGCCUAUGCCUCGUCCAACGAGUUUUACCGUCGAGCAAAGGCCCUGUUCUGGUCGGGGUAUGAGAAGAAUACCAUCACGGUCAUCACUGCUGUGUGUAUCUUGCACUGGUACAACCCCGAGGGCCCCGAGCAUGUCUCGAUCAAUACCAGCGGCUUCUGGAGUCGCAUCGGAGUUGGCCUGGCAUACCAGAUCGGUCUGCACAAGGAGCCUCCGCCUGGCCGUGAGGCACCCUUACGGCGGAGACUGUGGUGGACACUAUACGCUCGGGACUGCUUGAUAUCCGCUAGCCAUGGGCGGCCACGAGCAAUCAACACCGAAGACAACGACGUCCGGCCACUCACUCCAGAAGACUUUUACGGAUGCGGAGCUGAUGACGCUCUGUUCCUUGCACACGUUGAAGUGUCUUCUCUUCUCGGCGACGUUACGCAGGCCUGCUGUCGUCGGAUGUUGACACGGCCUAAAAGGAUCAAUAUCGAAAAUGCCAUUUACAGAUGGUCGAGGGAACUACCAGAGCAACUCCGCCUCUUCCAGCGAGUCUUUCCCCCCGAAGGGUCGACGGCGUCAAAACUAGUGCUCAUGCCUUACCACUUUGAAGCACGACAGCUGCACGUCACAUACUUUGUCAUCCUCGCCAUCCUCUACCGGGCCUCCUCCCCAGGCACCAUCCCGUCUGCUGCAGCCAUCCUCGCCUCUUCCUUUGUGGCCGGAAUCUUCGAGGAUUUCCUUGCAAGGGACGAGAUCCGGUUCCUCGGCCCCAUAUUCACAUUCUACCUCCUUGCAUCGGGCGUCGGGCUGGCCUCAUGCUACUCUUACCCUCACCUCUGGGAACGAGCCCAACAGGACCUGCGAAUAAUAUGUAGUUCUCUCAAGGAGCUAUCGAAACGCUGGCCCUCUGCCAUCGGCAGCCUCAAGGCCCUACAAAGCAUGAUCGACGAGACCGCAAAGGCUGCUCGGCCCUCGGAGCGACCCCAGCCUACUCCGCUCACGACGGACCAACAGGCAACGUUCUGUGGCUUCGGCACCGAUCUAUGUCGACUUGGAGACGUCAUGCUCGCCCACUAUCCUCACGACAUCGUCGACUCAGGCAGACAGGAAGACGACCAGUAUGCCAGGACGGUAUCCGACAUGAUGACCGCAGGGAUACUAGCUGAGCUCAAGACACCCAUGGACCCUGCUUCAGCUCCCGUCGAUGAGUAUCUCCCUCUUGCCUCGGUGAUAGACCAUAAUACCCAGCUCGCCUUUGGAGUAGAGGAGCCUACUCCCAUCAUCCCCGACGAGGUCCUCUACGGCCAGUACGAGGGUAUCGGUAACUGGCUCCUUCGAGGCUGGGACUGCACAGCCGAAGUCCCAUGGCAUUAA